AUGAAACUGCGUUUCUUAUCAUCCGUGUUACCACAACAGGAAGGAGCUGCUCGGAUAGAAUCAAUUUCUUGCGCUCCAAACGGUUUAAAAACGGCAAUUGCGCAGUCCGAUCGAACCAUUGUUCUAAUAGAUGAGAAUGGACAGCAAAAAGACAGAUUUGCCACAAAGCCUAUUGAAUCAAAAUUCGGCAAAAAAUCGUAUUUUAUUACUUCGGUCGCCUUCUCCCCUGAUUCCUCAUGUUUGGCAGUUGGCCAAUCAGACAAUGUUGUUUUCAUUUAUAAAAUCGGAUAUACGUGGAAUGAAAAAAAGGUUAUUGUGAAUAAACUCAAACAAUCAUCAACGGUCACUUCGCUAAUUUGGCCUUUCGAGGAUAAAGUCAUUAUUGGUUUGUUGGAUGGAAAAGUUCGUUGUGGACUAUUAAAGUCAAAUAAGUGUUCCUCCUUAUAUAAAACAUCGGAACCUGUCGUUUCCUUGGCAUCCAAUCCUCGGAAAACAGCUUUUCUCAGUGGUCAUGCUGAUGGGUCUAUUUUAAUUUUCAAUUUCGCAAGCAAAAAUCAGUCAAAGAUUUGUACUUUGCAAAUUUCUCCUUUCUGUUUGGCAUUCACUUCUCAUGGCUUCCUUGUUGCCGGAUCGGACCGAAGGAUUUUAUCCUAUACAGAGAAUGGAAUUGUUCAACAACAGUUUGAUUAUUCUGAUCAGGCGGAAAAGGAGUUCUCAGCGUUAAUUACUGACCCAACAGGACAGAACGUAGCUGUCGCUAGUUAUGACAGAAUACGGUUGUUCUCUUGGUCGAGCCGUAGAGGAGCAUGGGAUGAAGGAGUACCUUUAGACAUCAAAAAUAUUUAUUCUGUCACUUCUCUAGCUUGGAAAGGCGAUGGGUCAGCUGUCUAUGCGGGAACCAUAUGCGGAGGAGUUAUAUCGAUCGACUGUUGCUUAAGAAGAGGGAUGCUCAAGAGUCGUUUCGAAACAACUUACGUUUCUCCUUCACAUGUUAUUGUUCGUGAUAUAACAACUGAUUUCAAAACGAACGUUAUAUCAAACAGAGGGCUAUCGAUCGAUGAGCUGAAGAUGAUGGGCAAAGAUAAGUUUGUUCAUGCUACAACAUCUUCUACCAUCAUACUUGCGGACACCUCUACAGGGAAGUCUUCCGAGCUCGAAUGGCGUUCUGGUGGAAAUGAAAAAUUCUAUUUUGACUUUGAAAAUGUUUGCAUUCUGAUAAAUGCUGGUGAGAUAACAGUAAUCGAGUAUGGAAUAGAUGGUGCAAUUGGUUGGAUCCGAACAGAGUUGACAAGCCCUCAACUGAUGAGUAUUCGAAUUUCUUAUCCCUCUAAAAACGGGCCUAUCAAGAAAAUUGCUUAUUUGCCUGAUCCGACAACUAUAUCUCUAGUUAACUUUUUGAAUGGACAGCAAGAAAUGGCUUUGACCCAUACAAGUGCGAUUGACUGGCUUGAAUUAAACGAGGAGGCAAAUUUACUCCUUUUUCGAGACAAACGAUCCAGAGUAAUUCUGGUUGACCUUGCAACAGAGCGACAAACAACACUCAUAUCUUUUUGUACAUAUGUUCAGUGGGUACCCAUGAGUGAUGUCAUUGUUGCUCAAUCAGGAGAUACCCUUCAUAUAUGGUAUAAUCCUGAGACUCCAGAGCAAAUCACUAAUGUUCAAAUAGCUGGAGAAGUUGAAAACGUGAUACGUGAUGUGGAUAAGACUGAAGUCAUAGUUCAGGAAGGAACUGCUAAAGUUUCUUAUGAGCUGGACAAUACACAAAUAGAGUUUGGAAGUGCUUUAGAUAAAAAUGAUUUCGAGAGAGCAAUCACAUACUUGGAAACACAGAGAAAUGGGCUAGACACAUAUAUGAUGUGGCGAAGAGUUGGAGAGUUAGCUCUCAAUCAUCAGAGGCUAUGCAUUGCUCAGAGAUGUUUUGCUGCCAUCAAUGAUAUUGCUUUAGUUAAUAUGCUUCAUGAAACUGUGGAUUACGCUGAGAAGGCUGCGCUAGAGCUUGGUGGAGAUGGAACUCAAUACUAUAAAGUCCGAGCAAACUUAGCUUUGUUAAAUAAAAAUUUCAAACAAGCUGAAAAAGCAUAUCUGGAAUCUAAUGCUGUUGAUGAAGCUGUACAAAUGUAUCAAACAUUGCAUAAAUGGGACGAUGCAUUGGAGUUAGCCAAAGCGACGCAUUACUCGGGUUACGAGCAACUGAAAAGCACUUAUCUCCGAGCUCUAUAUGAUUCUGGUCAAGAAGGAAAAGCUGCUGACCUCAAAGUAUCUGAAGGGGACCAUAUGGGAGCAAUACAUUUAUUCCUCAAAGCGAAUCAACCGGCGAAGGCUUUGAAUGUUGUAAACUCUCAACCACAGUUGGCUAAAGACGAUCGCUUAUUGGAAACUAUUGCUGAUGCUCUACUCAAGGGAUUUGUUUAUGAUAAAGCGGGAGAUAUUUUUGAAAAAAUGAAAAACUUUGAGAAAGCUUUGGAGUGCUAUCGGAAAGGUCAUGCUUUUUCAAGAGCAGUGCAGUUGGCCAGAACUGCUUUCCCUGAGGAAGUUGUUGUUUUAGAGGAACAGUGGGGGGACCAUUUAGUUUCUGAAUCCCAACAUGAUGCUGCUAUCAGCCAUUAUCUCGAAGCCAACAAGAGCUUAAAAGCUGUGGAAGCUGCGAUGAAUGCUCAAGAAUGGAGUAAGGCUGUUCAGAUUGUGGAUGUCAUUCAAGAUGAGGCUACUAGCAAAACUUAUUAUGGUAAGAUAGCUGAGUAUUACGCUGGCAUUGGAGAUUUGGAGAGAGCCGAACGUCUGUUCAUCGAAGCUGACUUACACAAACUAGCGAUCGCUAUGUAUGUUCGCAACAACAAAUGGGCUGAAGCUUACCGAUUGUCCGAGGAGUUCUUAGGAAAAGAAGAAACAGCAUCAAUGUAUAUAAAUACUUCCCAAGAAUUAGAAGAGCAAGGACGGUAUGCCGAAGCAGAACAGCUCUAUAUCGCUAUUGGAGCCUCUAGCAAAGCAAUACAGAUGUAUCGUAAAGCGAACAGGCAUGACGACAUGAUACGGCUUGUAGAGAAGUAUCACAAUGAGCAUUUAUUGGAAACGCACAAAAGACUGGGCAUGGAGUUCGAGGAGAGUGGAGAUAUGAAAGCAGCUGAAGAAGAAUAUUUGAAAGCAGGAGAUUGGAAGGCUGCAAUCACAAUGUAUCGAGAGAACGAGAUGUGGGCAGAUGCGUACAGAUUGGCCAAGAGCGAUGGAGGAGAGCAGACGCAGAAACAAAUUGCUUUCCUGUGGGCUAAGAGCUUGGGUGGAGAAGCUGCUGUUAAGCUUCUGAAUAAAUUCGGAAUGUUGUCUGAUACCAUCGAUAAUGCUUGCGAGAAUGGAGCCUUCGAUUUUGCGUUUGACUUGGCUAAAAUCGGAAUGAAAGAGAGACUUCCAGAUGUUCACCUGAGAAUGGCUAUGUAUCUGGAGGAGGAAGGAAAACUAGAUGAAGCAGCAAGGCACUUCGUUGAAGCAGGAAAAGCAGAUGAAGCUACUGCAAUGUAUAUUCAUGAUGAAGAUUGGGAAGCUGCCGAACGAAUCGCUCAGGAGCAUGCACCUCAAGCUCUGAAUAAUGUAUACCUCGGACAGGCACAGAAAGCAUUGGAUGAGGGUGAUCACCCAAGAGCUGAGAGUUAUUUUUUGCGCGCCAACCGUCCGGACCUCAUUCUGAAUUACUUCAAAGAUACUGCGUCAUGGCCAGAUGCUUUGCGAAUCGCGAAAGAAUAUCUUCCUCAUCAACUACCACAUCUUCAAGAAGAAUAUGACAAAGCUGAACUACGUAGUGGUGCACGAGGAAUCGAUUCAUAUCUGGCUCAAGCAAAAGAAUGGGAACAGCAGUCGGAAUGGUCUAGAGCUGUACAGUCGUACCUCAGAGUGUCACCUGACGCUACAAGCAAUGAAGAAAUACUCAAACAGAGUGCUCUCAAAGCAGCAGAUCUCGCUAUUAAAUUCCUUAUAGGAAUGGACAACGAUCUAUUCGGAGAGGUACUUCAAAGAUUAGAAGAUUUACAACUGUAUGAGAAACAAGCGGAAGCUCUUCUCGUCAUGGGAAACACGAAACAGUCUAUACAUGCUCUGUGCAAGGCCCAGUUGUGGUCAAAAGCCAAACAGGUCGCAAUGGAAUAUUUACCAGAAAUGGUUCCGGAAAUCGAAACAGCUUAUAAAGAAAGUUUAAAAAAUGAAGGACGGCUGGGUGAACUUAUAGAUGUUGAUGUUAUAUCUGCUAUCGACCUUAUGAUUGCGAAUGGUCAAUGGGAAAAAGCUUUGGAUACAGCUAAGCAGCAAAACCAUCGCCCCUUGAUCGAUAAAUAUGUAGCUAUGUAUGCUGCAGAAUUAAUUCAGCAAGACGAUAUACCUAAGCUUUUGAAAGUGUUCGAGCGUUAUGGCGCUUCCUCUAAUUCGAGCAGUUUCAAUUUGUAUAAAAUGCUAUUUUCGCGGGCUGUGAAUCUACCACCAAAUUCGGAAAUGGAAUUCGCCGAGCUCAUCGCUAUACGAGACCUGUUCUUAAAUCUGAUAGAAACUAUGAGAAAAGAAAAAUCGGAAUUUCAUAAUGAAUUCGAAAGAUAUUUAUAUGCUCUUAGUCUGAUGAGCAUGAGAAUAUCGAUUAAGAAUAUGGAGUCAACAGAAGCUAAACGCCUGUAUCUGAAGCAGUCUAUAGCUCUGCUGAGAUACACAGAUCUGUUACCAGCCGAUCGAGUUUUUUAUGAAGCAGGAACAGCAUCAAAGGAUUUUGGUGGUGAUUAUGAAGCAGUUGCUUUCAUUCUAUUGAACCAUUACCUUGAUUUGGUGGAUGCCAUAGACGAAGGGAAUGUGGAGUUGGUAGACUAUUCCAUGUUCGAGAACACAGAUAUCCCAACUGAGGUUCCCCUCCCUGAGAAGCAAUGGUUGAAUUCUGUCGACCAUGAAGAAGUGAAGGAAUGGGUUCUUGCAACAUCUGUAGAUGAUAAUGGUCUUCGCGAACUACCUCUAGACAAUCGUGGUUCUUUCGAAAGUUCUUUAGUGGAUGACCAAGGCAGUUCUUUUCCUCAGUGUAUAAUAUCAGGUUACCCUGUUCUAACAGCUUCUGUUGACUUGGGACGAUUAGCUGCCAUUAAAGAGGAACUAAACCGAUUUUUGGUUAUGAUAAAGACAAAUCCGACAGAUGAUCUCAUAAAUGUCCAAGAGUUCUUGUCCAAAUGGGCAGAAACACCUUUGACAAUGGCAAUUUGA